AUGUCACCCAUUUGGUUGACCUGAGCAAAGAGUGGAAUAUGACUGUGACAAUACACUUUGAAGGGUGGCCCAGCCGCAUCCCGCUCAUGUCUGAACCGAUAUGCCUGAUCUGUAAGGAUCCUCGCACCUGCGACCGUGUCUUGACUUUAGUGUCUGGUGCCAUCUACAAGAUCUCCUUUCUGUGCAAGGACUUGUCCCGUCUGAGGAUCACAGCUGAAAAAGGCAUAAGCUGUGUUGAUCUUCGGUGGUGUCAGAGGAAGAUCUAUUCCCUUUCAGUGCCCAAGGCUAUUACCCAAUUGCCAAUUCGACUGCAUAAGUUUAUUUGGAAGCUCUUGGCUCCAGAUCUGAUCAACAUAGAAAUUACAUCUCCGUCCUUGAAACUUCAGCAACACGUCCCAGAGCAGAGGUGCAACACAAGCUACAGUUAUAGCAUUGUUAGUGCCACCCCAGAGACAGAGUUUCAUGUUGGUGUAUUCUGUCCUGGUGGAUCCAUUGAAAAGAUUCAGAUGAGGAAUAAUAUCACCAUAUCCUUAAAAACAUUUGGUAAAGGAUUCCUCAAUGAGUCAAACCAUCAGGAUCUGAAAAUGUCUUUUGUGCCAUAUAUUAAAGAUGAGUGCAUUUUCACUGUGAGUCCAGAUCCAAAAGCCAAAGUUUACUUGCAGACCCCCAACUGGCCCUAUGGUCUACCUCCAUAUGUCUCCAUAUCCUGGUACGUCGUCGUGCCCAGCAAGCAAGUUGCCCGCCUAGGGUUCUCCAAGGACCGCAUGGGCAUCGCUUGCGAGACAGGUCGUGCCUAUGUCAACAUAAAGGAAGAGACACUGGGGGCAGAGGAAACCGUGCGCCGUGAGGAUGAGCUUCUGCCCAAGCCUCGAAACAUGUAUCAUGACUUCUGGGUGAACAUCUCCAACUGUAAACCUGUGGAUAAGACGCAGCUGACCUUGCAGUUCUGGGUGACUUUUGCUGACAAGCAGCUAGAUCUAGGAGUGAUACUUGCUGUGGUGGCUGGGGCUGGAGUUCUCAUCGCUAUUGGACUGACUGUGUGCUGUGUUAAGAAGAAGAAGAAGAAAAGCCAGAAUCCCAUGGUGGGAGUGUACAAUGCUAACGUGAAUACCCAGAUGCCUGGAAAACAAGGCUUAUUCACAAAAGGGAGGAAAAAGAAUGAGUCUCAUGUCUAUGCGGUGAUUGAUGAUGCUAUGGUCUAUGGGCACUUGCUGAAGGAAUCCAAUGGCUCUGUUGCUCCAGAAGUUGAUGUGUACCGGCCUUUUGAUGGACCCAUUGGUAGCUUGCCACCUUCUCCACCUCCAUUCUCCUUCAGGAAAGACAUUAAGCGCUCUUCUAACACUGAGGAACCUCCACCUCUAAUGGAAACAGACCAUGACACUUACACAUUUGCUCAUCAGAAAUCAGAGCAAUCAGAGGACAAUGGAGAUACAACUGAAAAGAAUAAUGGAGAUACAAGCAUGUCCUUGCUGGAAAAUAAGGAACAGGACAGUUUAGUGGAGUAA